AUGGGUUUCGGUUGCAUUUUUCUUGUGUACCUUACACUGAUUUGCAUGAUCAAUGCUUUCAUGCCUGCAGUUGAGAUACAGUACGAUGAAAACGGUGAGCCAUUUGUCGAGUUUGAAGGGAGAAGAUAUGAUAAGAAUGGUGAUAAGACGGUCACAUAUACAGAUAACGAAGGUUGCACGACCACAAUUUAUCUGGAGUGGCCUACAGGCACAAAUAAAUCAGUUCGUGGCGUUCAUGUGAAAGCACACAAAGUAUGCGAUUAA